AUGUUCAUUCUAUGUAGAAUUACUUUGGCUGUAGUGCUAUGCCUUCCUAUAUCUGGAUUAAUAUUGCCUCCAAAUAUAUCUCAAGGUUUGUGCUUUAAUCAAAUUUGUCUAUGAGGAUCAAAAAAGCUGACAAAAUAACACACAAACUGGCUACCUUUUUUUUAAUUUUCUUUUUUUUUUUGCUGUAGAAGUGGUUUUUCCCUCCUCUCUCCCUUUCUCUCUCUCUCUCUGGCUGUAUUUUUCAUUUUUUUGUUUAUCUUUUUCAUAGGUUUGUCUUUGACACUAACCCUUACUCCAAGCUCUCCAUGUUCAUCAAUUACUCUUUAGAGGCUUCUGAGACAAUCAAAAAAUAAAAAUCUCUGUAGAUCAUUUGCAGCUUUUGCAUGCUAAUAUUGUUUCAUUCCAUUUGAAAAAUUUAUCACUUUUUGAUUAAAUUCCCUGCGGAGUAAGAAGGCAGAAAAAUUCUAAACUAACAUCACCUAAAAAUACAUAUCUUGAAAAAGCUGUUCACCCAAAAUUCACUCUCAACCAUACCAAGGUUACAAUUAAUUAGUUACUUUAGAUCAAGUUCUUAUUUUGAGUUUUUUGUGUAAUUAACCUCUUUCAUGUCAGGAGUUUAUUGUGAGACCUGUAGUGCUGUUAUGAAAGGUAAAUUUUUAGUACAAUUUUUUUCUAUUUACUGCUGUGAGCUUUGUAUGUUUCUUAAACUUUUUAAUCUGUUACUAUUAGUCAAUAUUCAAUAAAUAUUGACCAAAUUUGGUCAUAGGGAAAUAUCAGUCAAGUUAUUAAGGAAUCAGAUUUCAGAUGUAGAAUGCUGCCAAGUAAUGCGCACCAGAUAAUUAUGUAAGAUGACUGAUUUUUUCUCCAUUACUAAGAGAUGGCUCAAUUACAUUGAUAUGCCUCAAGAAGCUAGCUUUUCCAUGAUUGAAAAUUUUUAUUGAUAUUUUAAUGUACAGGGAUCAAUAAACAAUACUUUUCACUCUACAUUUAAUGCAAUUUACUAAAACGUGUACAGUUUACAACAUCUACCAAAUGAAACUGAAUUUUUUAUAUUUUAUUAUAUUUCAUAUGAGUCUACAACAAAUUUAAUAUUAAAAAAUUGAAUUGAAAAGUAUUACAUGUAUUUGAGUAAUAGGAGGCCUUUAUUUUGGAAAAAGAAGUAGAUGCUAGCCCUCUCCCUUCCUCUAUAAAUUUUUAUUCAGAGGUAACAUGAGUAAAAACAAAAAUGACAAUGUUCUUUACUUUGUGUUCUAGAGCUAGACAAGUUUUUGGCAAAAAAGAGCUCAGAUCCCAGAGAGCUGCAGGUGGUAGAAGCAAUAGAGGAUGUUUGUAGAUCAAAACAUUUGAAAAAGUAUGGAUAUUCACCAAUAACUCUUGUCAACGCCUGUAAAUUUUUCAUGGGUAAGUCAUUAAUGAAUUAGAAGUUACAACUUUGAGCUUUAACUGAGCAAAAUUUCCAAACAACAGUUGUGAAAUUUUGCGUGCAAAAGCUUCAACCCUAACCUUUGAUCCAGAGUUCAACACAUUGACUGUUAGACUACUCCUUCCCUCCAUCCCACUGCAGGCUCAGAAUUUCAUCAAUACUACUAUUUAACACUUUCACUAUCGGGAGUAAUUAAUGCAUCAAUGGCAUGCAUUAAAGUGAUGAGAAGGAAGAAUAAUAUUAAACUAGUUGGGAAUUUUUUUAACACAAAAUUGUCAGAGAAAAAUAAUAGAAAAUGCAUGGAAGACAGUUAAGAGAAUUGAUAUGUAGAUUUGAAAGGGUGAAAUUUUACAAAGGCAAACUUCAUAUUUUACACAGAGAAACAUGAAGAGGAUAUAGAACAACUGUACCUAAAAGGGCUUGAUAAGGUCAACACAGAAAAAGAAGUUUGUUACAAGUUGAGCAAGAUAUGUGAUGGUGUGGACAGAAGUAAAAAAGCGAAAGAUCCCCUUCAGAAACGCUCCAAGCACGACAAAGCGAAGUUGGUGGAACAGAUUAAAUUACAAGAGCGACAGCGUGCGAUGGGAGGCGGCACGAGAGAUAAAAAGGUUGUCUACAAAGAGAAAACUGAUUUAUAGUUAGAAUGAAAUCACUAUACCCAGCAAGUUGAGAUAUUUCUUUGUAGGCAGGAAUUUUCUUGGUUUUUUGCCGAGUAAUGCAGUCGACAUUACCUUUUGAAAUCACUGUAAUGACGUGAAAAAUGUUAUAAAUUACAGCAAUGCAGUGCACAAGAUUAAUG